AUGGAGGAAAACGUACAAGAAGGAUCCAUCGCGGUGACCGGCACGACGGAGACAGACAAUGAAGACAAAGGAUCUGUUGUGGUGGCCGGUGCGGUGGAGGAGGAGCUGAAGCUGGAGAUCAACGACUUCAAGUUUAAGGAUGAGGCUAAGGCGGUGAGGAACCUGAGAAGUGAGCGAUUGGCAAAUCUGAUAGGAUGUUGCUAUGAGGAAGAGGAGAGAUUGCUGGUGGCAGAGUUUAUGCCUAACGAAACUGCGGAUGUUGAUCCAGAGACCGUAGCAGGACAACCAAAGAAGAGAACGUUGAAGAAGUUUAGCUUCAGGGGUGUUGAUCUUGAUGCCCUUUUUGAUAGAGGAAAGGGGUGGCUGACUUCUUGCAAGAAGGCUGCCUGCAGAACGCCGAAGGCUGUUCAAGGGCAUCGCAUUAAGAAUGCUUCCUGCAAGUUAAAUGCUGAGUUGAAGCAUUAUCAUAGUAAUCACAGAUUGCUGUUGAUUGGAACUCCUUUGCAGAACAAUCCUGAGGAACCGUGGGCACUGUUUAACUUCUUGUUGCCCAAUAAUUUUAACUCAUCAGAAGAUUUUUCCCCACGGUUUAAUAAACCAUUUGAAAGUAAUGGUGACAAUUCACCGGAUGAAGCUUUACUCUCUGAAGAGGAGAAUCUUUUGAUCAUAAAUCGUCUUCACCAAGUGCUACGGCCCUUUGUGCUUCGAAGAUUAAAACACAAGGUUUUAUUUUCCUGUUCAAUGGAAUGCCAGAGAUGUCCAUAA